AUACCUGUGAUUAAUCAUCAAUUAAAAAGAUGACUGGUAAAGACGACCAGCUCCACGUUUUCUUCUUCCCGAUGAUGGCUCACGGCCAUAUGAUUCCAACACUGGACAUGGUCAUGCUCUUCGCUUCCCGCCAUGGGAUCAAGUCAACGAUAGUCACCACCCCUCUCAACGUACCCUCCAUCUCCAAAGCCAUACACAAACACAAACAGUCAGGUUUCCAAAUAGAAGUCCGUUCAAUCUACUUCCCCGGAGUCGAGGCCGGCUUGCCGGAAGGCGUCCAGCACUUCGACCAUUUCACCUCCGACGGUUCAACCUUUCCCUCUUUCUUCAAGGCCUGCAGCAUGCUCCAAGAACCCCUCGAGCAGCUCAUGGAGGAGCUCCGCCCGGACUGCCUCGUCGCCGAUAUCUUCUUCCCGUGGGCGACGAGGGCCGCCGCCAAGUUUGGUAUACCAAGGCUGAUCUUUGAUGGAACCAGCUAUUUUUCCGUUUGUGCUAAACACAGCCUUUUGACUUAUAGGCCUUUUGAAGAUAUUUCUUCUGAGGAUUCAGAAACCACCUUUACCAUUCCUCAUCUUCCUCAUCAGCUCAAACUCAUCCGAUCCCAACUCGCGCCUUAUGAACGAGACCUUUCAUAUUCAUCUACAAUGGCGGAAUUCGGGUUACAAGUAAUGGAAGCAGAGAGGACGAGCUAUGGGGUAAUCUUUAACAGCUUCUAUGAACUGGAACCGGACUAUGUGGAUCACUUCAAGAACGUCCUCGGUAGAAGGGGCUGGUCUGUCGGGCCGCUUUCCAUUCAAAACAAGAAGGAAGACGACAUCGGAGAAAAAUCCAACCGAGGGAGGAAAGCUUCCAUCGGCAAGAAAGAUUGCAUAGAGUGGCUGGAUUCUAAGAAACCCAACUCCGUCGUUUACGUCUGCUUCGGAAGCAUGGCGAACUUCGCCGCUUCCCAGCUGACGGAAAUGGCGGAGGGGAUAGAAAGUUCCGUGCAGGACUUCAUUUGGGUGAUCAGAAAUAAGAAAGGAGAAGAGAUCGGAGAAGAGAAGGGAGAGGAGUGGAUGCCGAAAGGGUUUGAAGAGAGGACCAAAGGCAGAGGGCUGAUCAUAAGAGGCUGGGCCCCGCAAGUGCUGAUUCUAGACCACCGAGCCGUGGGCGCGUUCGUGACUCACUGCGGGUGGAACUCGACGCUGGAAGCAGUCUGUGCCGGGGUGCCGAUGGUAACGUGGCCGGUCUUCGCGGAGCAGUUCGUGAACGAGAAGCUGGUGACUCAGAUUCUGUUGACCGGAGUCGGGGUCGGGUCAAAGGUGUGGGCCAACGUGGGCAGUGACGGGGUGAAGAGGGAGGCCAUUGCAGAAGCCAUCACGAGGGUGAUGGUCGGGGAGGAGAUGAGGAGGAGAGCGGCGGCGUUGAAAGUCAACGCAAGGAAGGCAGUGGAGGAAGGAGGGUCUUCUUAUUCGGGCCUGACUUCUCUUCUGGAUGAACUAAAGAUGAUUAGGGCUGACCGUUUGGGUAGUUCUUCCCACAAGACAGUGGUGAGUAACGGGCCGGGCGGAGCAUGCAUGGAACAUGCAUGGCCCAAUCAUUUAUGCGACCGUAAAGUCGUUCCACCCUAGUUCUGAGGGAGUGGACUAGUAGGUUUAUGUCCGGCACGUUAAUUCACUAGUUCAUUUCAAAUCGUAUUAAUUAAUGGAUAAUUAAUGGUCGCAUGUUUUUAUAUUAUAUAUCGAAAGAGAUCGCAUGAAUCUCCUUGUCCAUCAAUUGUACGAAGUGCAUUCUGAUUAGUAUCUACGUACUUGAAUAAACAAGAAGAAUAAUCGCCAGGCGAGAGAUUCGUCAAAUGACC